CUUCGUCGUCGUCGUCGUCGCCGCCGCCUUCCUCUGCCGCUUCCACGUUUCCACUCCUCGUCUCCUCGGCUUGUCUCCACGCCAAGCCGCCCCGCUUCCGCCGCCGCCGGCGACGACCCCGCGCGCGGCCGGUCACCAUGGCGGCUCCGGUGGUGGACGCGGAGUACCUGCGACAGGUCGAGGGGGCGCGCCGCGACCUCCGCGCGCUCAUCGCCUCCAAGGGCUGCGCCCCCAUCAUGCUCCGCCUCGCAUGGCAUGAUGCUGGCACAUAUGAUGCAAAAACAAAAACUAGGGGUGCAAAUGGUUCAAUUAGGCAUGAGGAAGAGUACACUCAUGGUUCAAAUGCUGGACUAAAAAUUGCCAUUGAUCUCCUUGAGCCUAUUAAGCGAAAGCAUCCAAAUAUCACUUAUGCUGAUCUUUAUCAGCUUGCUGGAGUGGUUGCAGUUGAAGUUACUGGAGGUCCAACCGUUGACUUUGUUCCUGGAAGAAGGGACUCAUCAGUUUGCCCGCGAGAAGGACGUCUUCCUGAUGCGAAGAAAGGUGCACCACAUUUAAGAGACAUCUUUUAUCAAAUGGGAUUGACUGACAAGGAUAUUGUAGCUAGGGCUCUAUCUGGUGGCCACACCCUGGGAAAGGCACAUCCUGAAAGAUCUGGAUUUGACGGUGCAUGGACCAAGGAACCACUUAAGUUUGACAACUCUUACUUCCUAGAACUGCUGAGGGAGGAAUCAGAGGGACUUUUGAAACUUCCAACUGACAGGGCUCUCCUGGAAGAUCCUGAAUUCAGGCGCUUUGUGGAUCAUUACGCGAAGGAUGAGGAUGCCUUCUUCAAGGACUACGCUGAAUCACACAAGAAGCUCUCCGAACUUGGGUUCGCUCCACGUAGCUCUGCAAAAUCAGAUGGUUCAACGGCUGCUGCUACACUCGCGCAGAGUGCGUUUGGGGUCGCAGUUGCUGCAGCCGUAGUAGUUAUCGCAGGUUACCUCUACGAGUCUUCUAAGAAAACCAAGUAGAGAUUGGUUGGGUUCUAAACAUUGAUUUGCAAUUGCUCAACAGCAGAAUCAAUAGCAUCAGGAAUAAAGUUUUCAGAAACAAGUGUCAUCAGGAAGGAUGUUCAACUGUUUUGUGGCCAGCUAUGAAAUGACAGUUUAAGUGAGAUCAAUUCAGAAAUUGAGUCCAAA